GAAGUGACUUAAAAUAUUUUUGACAUUCCUGAACGGAGCUGAAACGCCAUUACAGGGUGUUGGAUCGACAAACACAGACCAGGAGGAUUUUACUGUAAAUUCAGAUGGACAGAGGUUUGGUGAGUCUGACUGCUAAAGGAUAAUUCACAUAUCAGAGAAAAUGGCAGAGAGAGCUAUUCUUGAAGGUUUCCUGAGUUGUCAUGUGUGUUCAGAGACGUUCAGAGACCCUGUGUCUCUGAGCUGUAACCACAGCUUCUGUUCAAACUGCCUGAAGGAAUUCUGGGAGAAAACUGAGAACAGAAACUGUCCCAUUUGUAAAAGAAAAUCUUCAAAAGAUCAUCGACUUGUAAACUUCAGUCUGAAAGAACUGGCUGAUUCAUUUGCUGGGAGACUGAACGUUGGAUCAUCUGAGACAGAAAAAGGAGAAAAGAAGGUGGAGGUGGUCUGCAGGAAACAUCAAGAAGAACCUAAACUGUUCUGUAAAGAUGAAAACAGAGCUGUGUGUUCUAUCUGUGAUGUUUCUGUCCAUGACACUCACACUGUGGUUCCUGUAGAAGAAGCAGUUACUGAAAUGAAGGAUGAGCUGAAAUCUGACUUAAAGUCUCUACAGGAAAAGAAGAAGAAAUAUGAGGAAACAGAGGAAAUAUACAAUGAAAUAAUCCAACACUUAAAGAAACAGGUUUUGUUCACAGAGAAUCAGAUCAGAGCAGAGUUCAACAAACUCCAGCAGUUCCUGAAAGAGGAAGAGGAGUCCAGACUGGCAGCUCUGAGGGAGGAAGAGGAGCAGAAGAGGAGGAGUGUGAUCAGAGAGAUGAAGAGGAUUGAGGAGCAGAUGUCCUCUGUGUCAGACAGUAUCUGUGCUGUUGAAGAAGAGCUGCAGAAAGCCAGCGCUCCAUUCCUCAUCAGUUGUAAAGACACUCAGAGCAGAGCCAGAGCCCAGUGCUCAGUGUCAGAGCCACAGCUGAUCUCAGGAGCACUGAUCCAUGUGGACAAACACCUGGGCAACCUGUCCUUCAGAGUCUGGGACGAGAUGAGGGACAAGGUCCACUUCAGCCCCGUCAUCCUGGACCCAAACACUGCACAUGGACGCCUCCAUCUGUCUGAUGAUCUGACCAGUGUGAGAUAUGGAGACACUUAUCAGCAUCUUCCUGAUAAUCCAGAGAGAUUCACUAGAUAUUUUGAUGCUCUGGGGUGUGAGGGCUUCAACUCAGGGAAACACAGCUGGGACGUGGAGGUGGGAGACCAUCCUAAAUGGAUUUUAGGUUUGGCUAAAGAGUCAGUUGACAGGAAGGGAGAGGCAGGUCUUUCACCACAAUAUGGAAUCUGGUGUUUAAAGCAUCUCAGUGGAAAAUACACUAAUGGUCCUGGUCGGACUGUGACAGUGCAGACGAGUCCACAGAGGAUCAGAGUUGAACUGGACUAUGACAGGGGGGAGGUGUCCUUCUACAACGCUGAAGACAAGACUCACAUCUACACCUACACAGACACUUUCACUGAGAAACUCUACGCACUUAUCUCUGUUGGAAAAGCCACUGAUGUUAAUACCACUGAUAUUAAAAUCUGUCAGAGUGAAUGAAAUUUGUCUGAUACAUGAUGCAAAAUUUUUAAUGUGUAACACUUUGUGUUUACUUCAACAGAAUGAAGCAAACUUUUUACUCUGUAAUUUCUAAUGUGUCAAAUUACUUCUUUUACAUCUAUCAACUUUUUAACAUAUAUUCUUGUUAAUAAAUGGGAUCUCAGUUUUUUUUAUUUCAGACAUUUGUUGAAAAUUAAUUGGAAUCUUCAUAGAUUAAAGUUGAUUGUAUUGAUGUAUAAACAAUUAGAUCAUUUGAAUGAACUCUAUACCAGUCAUUGGUCAGUAGGUUAAACUGAAAUAUCUGCAUAAAUAUCUAGUGUCUAUAAGACUAUAUAUGUAUAACUCAUUCUAAUUUCAUUGAAACUGUCUCAUGCUUUAUUGUGUCAUCUGUAAUUUUGACUGAGUGUUAAAUAUAACUGAAUAGGUGUUAAAAUGACAGGUGAAUAAAUGAAUAUGGGAAUUAGGUUUGAUUAUAGAAAUGAUUACCUUUCUUCAACCCUCCAAUAAUAUGAUACUUUGCUUCCGUUUUGCAUACUUGGUACAUUUUACUGACUUUUCUUUCUGUCUUAUCAGUCUAUUGUCUUUCCAUGUAAUAAAUGAGCUCCUUCUUCUUUGUGAUGAUAUGGAAACAUGUAAGUAUGGACAUCAGAUACUCCCAUU